GCAAAUUCGAAGUGUAUCAAGUGUUUUAAAUAGCUGCGUAUUUUACCGUAUUUUGGAGAAUUUCAGCGAUAUUAGGUGAUCAAGGUAACACAUGUAUGUAAUUAUGGCUGUAGGAAAACGUUUUGAUAGUAUUUUUUGCAAAGUGUUCUUCAUGAAUUGGGCUUUUGUGGCUUCAAGUUUAGGAUUGACUCGGAGGAAGUUUUGAGGAAGUGCCCGAUAAUUUUGGUAAAAAAUCACAUAUUUUUUAAGCCAUUUGAGAAACACCUCUAUUAAAAGCCUAGCUGUUGAAACGUUCCUUAAUUUUUGCUUUCUUUCCGGUGUACCUACAACUGACUUUCAGAGCGAGAUGGCUUAUUCUGCUUACUCAACAAUCCAGCAAUACAAUGCGAGAUCGAUCUAGAAUUUUCACUUCACUUCCAAUUCAUUUCAUGAAUAUUUCUUGGUUGGAAGUAGUUAUUCUUGUUCUUAAGCUACGUAAUGAACGUUGAAUCACUGCCAGUGUAGUUCCGUGAUGAUAAUAUACGAUAGAAGACGUACAUGUAAAAUUAAUCAUAGAUCCCACGCUGAGAUUUUAGGAUUCUUACGGUCAAAUAGUGAGUUAGCUAUGCACUCAGAGGUGAUGCAGACGUAAUGUAGAAUCGUAUUUUUACUGUAGGAUUCUAUGCGUUGACUUGAAAUAGAGAUGAGGUCUUAUGAACGCUGACUGUUGCAAUAAUGAAAUAAUUUCUUGGUUCAAAUAAGGGCUCCCCUAUGCAUCAGUGCCUCUAAGAGAUGUUACUUGCACCCUUAAUUGCACUUAUUUUGAUAUUUAAGUUCAGAUGUGAUUACAGCUUUUUUUUUUAUUCUUUGUUGACACUAAUAGCAUAGAAAAACUGAGGAGCAUGGACAUAAUCUUACUUAGAAAUGUAUAAAACUGUCACUUUGUUUUGUUAUCUUGUUUUGUUGUUUAUGCUGGUGAGGUGUUACCAAUGAACCUUCUGUGCACACUACAUUGCUUGCAUGACAUUAUGUAAAGUAGUGCAUAAAAUUUUAACCUUUAUUUCCUGGCCUCUUCUAUGUUUUCUAGGGAUUAGUGUAAAAACAAUAGAAUGGCAGCAGCAAGGAGAUCAGGGAGGCACACUAUCUUUGUGCGGUUUAACUCCAACACAAACAUACCAGUCACCAUUGAUCCACAAUGGACAGUUUUAAGGCUGAAACAAGAGAUAGCUGCCAAUCAAGGAGUUGAGACUUCAGAAUUAAGAAUAAUUUUUGCUGGGCGAGAACUAAAAGAUGACCUUCAACUGAAGGUAUGCUACACUGUUUACUCUGUCAAUAACUCUUUUACUUGGAAGAUUUGCCAGGGUUUUCAACAGCACAAAUUGCAUUCAUGAUUUUUAUCACUUUAUCAGUGGUCUAGUUCUAACAUCUGUCAAAAUCGUGUGUCUUAUUCCAUGGAAUGAGCAGUUGUUAAUUGUUUUUCUCUAUAUUUAUGUGUUGAAUCAACUUUAACUAGGAUGCUGAGAUACCUCACCAAAGUGUUAUUCAUGCUGUCCGGGGUGGCCGCUGGUCAGCCAGACCAAAUAGACAUGGCCAAGUAAUGCCACUGGCCAGACUUAGACUUUCAACUGUUGGUGAGGAUGAAGAGGAAGUAGCAAGUUCAACAGAUGGAGGUAUAGAGAAAGUGUGAAUCAAAACUGAUGCUAUGAUAUUUUUUGGGAGAUGAAGUGAAUUGAUUUAUGAAGAGAAUGGUUUAAGAGUCUGGGUUAAAACAGAGGUUUUUGUGCAAGCCCUGGCCAGGUCAUUGUGAUAUCUUCUUGGGUGGGCAUUCCAAUUCAGACAGGGCUUUCUCAACACAAGAGUAGAGAUGAGGACUUAGAAACUUGCCAAAUUGCUUAAGGGUUAAACCCCCCGGAGGAAUUAGAAAUAUGAUCAAAAGGUGUUAAUUUCUUAACCCUUUAACUCCCAGAAGUGAUUAACAUAAAAACUUCUCCCUAUAAUAUCCAUACACUAUUUAGCAAACAAGUAAUGAGAAUAUUUGAACUUAUCAGGUAGAACCUGCUGUCUUGAUCUAGCACCAAGUUUUCAUAACUAGUUUACAAGGAAAUGUGUAGCAGCCAGAGGAGAGAAUUAACAAUCAGAUCUUGGGAGUUAAAAGGUUUAGAAGCUGUGGUGCUGCUUCGAGGGGAGAUAGUGCAAGAUAAUUUGGUUUUAUCAUCUGAGUGAUAACAUGAAUUGGUUAUGGCAAAGAGUUUCUAAAGCUUGUUUCGAGUGCUAACCCUUAGUCUUAGGAAAUUCACUAUUCAUUCUGUCGAUGUCUUUUUGGCGGCUGACCUAUAUUUAUCAACUCAGUUGAAAUAGUAAUACUCCUAGUUGGCUGAUGCUGGUUAAACUUCUGCAUUGUGGGUCACAGGCUUUGGGAACAGACUUAACCUUCCUUUUACAACGUAAUUGGCCUCAAAGUUUUUUGACAAAGCUCCAUUUAUUAAAUGAAAACUUUAUGAAAUAGCCUCAUCAUUUUCAAUUCCCCCCAAUUUCCUGUUUCUUAUCUUAAAGCAUCUUCCAGGCGGCAGGCCCAGUAUUUCGUUUACUGCAAGACUUGUAAACAGGUUACUGCUGGAAAGUUGAGGGUUUGUUGCUCACAAUGCAAAGAAGGGGCAAUUGUUCUUCAGCAGGUAAAUUAUUCUUAACAUAUCAUCAAUUAUUAGUUGAUUAGCUAAAUCUGUCUUCGAUAAUAAUAAAAAUUAAUAUAAAGAAGUGGAAUUUUGCAAAAGAAAUAUGCUUUAGAGAGGUUUUAUGAAAAUGAGGUUUGAAUUGAUUGAUAUUAUACCCUGGCUUUCACAAUUUUUCAGGGUGUUACUCUCUGAAUGACAAACUGGGAUAGGCUCCAGUGGUGUGCACAUUCUCCAUACUGUUCUUAAAAUAUUUCCAAAGGCACUGACAGGGAGAAUUUGUUUAAUAAUCAAGACCUUCCUUAGUUUGUGAUCAUUUCCUUUAUUCUCAUGACCUUUAAGUUUUACUUGGGGGCCAUAUUGUUAGGAGAAAUUAGAUGCUAGUUGCUCUCAGGGAUCAAAGGGUUAAUAUCAUGAUGUUUGCUCUAUAUCUGUACUUGUCUUAAUAGAUUGCAGGUGUAAAGUAGUCACAGUGACUGUGUUCUUGAGAUCAGUGUUUAAAUAUUUAAGGCCAUAGUGAGUUCAAUGCGGACAUAUGAGGGUGCUGUUAAUUUUAUGAUUUACAUCUUUGUUGUCCUUACAGGAUCCAAGUAGUUGGGAAGAUGUCUUGAAAUCAGGAAGAAUCAGAGGAUCAUGUAAAAAAGCAGGCUGUGAUGGGAACAUAGUGGUAUAAGAAAGAGCUUUACUACUUUAUCAUGCUAACCCUUUAACUCCCAGAAGUGAUUAACAUAAAACUUCUCCCUACAAUAUCCAUACAUUCUUCAGCAAACAGGUAAUGAGAAUAUUCAAACUUAUCAGGUAGAAGCUGCUAUUUUGAUGUAACGCCAAGUUCUUAUAACUAAUUUACAAGGAAAUGUGUUGUAGCUACAGGGGAGAAUUAACAAUCAGAUCUUUGGAGUUAAAGGGUUAGGAUUGCAUGGAUUCUGAUCACCACAAUAAUUACCGUUUGAAGAGUCAAUCUACAAUCCAUGGGAUCCUGCUGAGGCUUGAAUUUUUUGGGCUCCUUUUUUGCAAUCACUUAAGGUGUAGCUUACCUGGGAGUAUCAUGACUUUAUUUGAUUUUCAAUCCAUCAGUGAAAUGAGAUUUAGUUCAUUACAAAUUGUAUCAGAUAAUUCUCAGUUGUAUGUGAGUGGUUGCCCCUGAAGUGAAAGUUUAAUACAGGAGGACAAUACAAACAGUUAUGACCCAGUAAAGGGGAACCACCAUUGCUUGUUAGAGCUGACCAUUAAAUAGAGGUGAAAAAAUUUUGGAACUUUCAUGAAAGACCGCUUAAUACAGGUUCAAGUGUAUCUAAGCAAAUUGCAUCUGAGCAAAAAUAAUUGAUGGAUUAUGAUUUGUUAUUCUGCCGUUGUGUUUCUUGUUUCUAGGAGUUUUACUUUAAGUGUGCACAACAUCCUGCUUCUGAGGGAGACAGAUGUGUUGCACUACCAUUGAUUCGAGCAAACACCAGAGAAAUCCCUUGUUUGGCCUGUGCUGAUGACAGGUAAAUAUACAAGCCAUGUCAUCAAGUGUAUGAUCACUGAUAUAUAGUAUAGUCAAGACUGACAAGGGCUAUGGGUGUUUGACUCAGCUAAUAUGAGUUGUUUUCAAAUGAGUAUUGAUCCCGGAUUUCUUUUGUUUUGCUUUACCUCGCUUUGUGAUUGGUCUUGAAAACUUGCGCCUCCAUCUCGACCAAUCAGAUAUAAGACUGUAACCAGUGCCAACCUGGUCACUCGUGUUUUCUCGCGCUUGAAGCAAGCUGUUUUUACUUUGAGUUCUCAUUGGUUAAUGGUGAUGUCUACCUUUCUUCUGAUUGGCUGUUGUGGUUUCUUUGGUUUAAGUUCUCGCCACCCAGUUGAAAACUGCUCCAGUGUUUUCAACUGAAUGUCGAGCAGUUUUUAAUUGAGCGUUUUUUUAAUGUUUAUGAAAAGGAUACAAAUCUGUUUUUACGUAGAUUCAAACGAAAUAUUGGUGAAAAGUCAACAUCCCGUACCGAAAAAUUUUGUGACGCUAAGCUUUUAGCAAACAUUUUGUGUCGCGCUCUGAAAGAUAUUCGAAGGAUGAUAAGCAUAUAGUCGCCAUUUGGCUCUCACAUAUUUUCAUUCAUUUGUCCUUGGACAUAUUGUGAUCCUAGAAGCUCACUGUUUUUCUCGGAAAAUUGUGAGGAUCGAGGAACAGAUUAUGCCUGCAGACAAAUGCCUGACCUCAUUUUCACACCAAAUGGAGGCGAUUGUUCAUUUAUUCGUGAGUUCAAUCGUGUUGCAGGGAUCCUGUUCUGGUUUUUCCUUGUCCCGAUGGACACGCUGUUUGUUUGGAGUGCUUUGCAAUCUACUCCACAACAAAACUGAAUGACAGGCAGUUUGUGCACAGCGAGACAUACGGAUAUACUCUGCCCUGCCCGGGAAGUUCAGGUGAGACCAAAAUAUGAAUAAACUUCUGGAAAUCAAAACUUUGAGCGCUUGUCAUUUGUAACCUGCCUAAGAGGUGAGGGGAGCAUAUACUUCUAGUCGUGGCUCCAACGUGGACUUUUCAAUUUAGGUUCAAAUGUGAUUUUCGUAAUUAAAAUGAAGAAAGAAAUGGCAAGUAAAGCUAGAAAAUGUUGCUAAACGUUGUUGGUUGAACGUAACUGUAUAAACACAAGUUUCUUCGGGGCGUCUUGCAAGCAGGGGCUUAGCUCUGUUCGCAGUUUGUCUUCUGAAAGUUAAAAGAAAAGGCCUGGUAUUUCUUGCUCAAUCUCGUUCUUUUCAACACAACUGAACGUAACCAAACUCUCAUUACAUGAGUAAAGGGGGUAAUUCUCUGAAGAAACUGUAGAGAAAGGGUAUAACAACAUAACUAGGUUUUAUCAGAAGCUUAUAACUUAGUUUUACCAGUUCAGCGACUGACGAAGGGCUUACGCUUACACAAUACCAAAUUAACUUAUUAGGUGAUUACAUGAUUAGGCUUUCGCUUUAAAUAGGUCUUAAACAAUGUCUUUACAUACUUUUGCUUUUAAAUCUCAAGGUUAGAGAUCAAUCUUUUUUGAACAUUUUGCCGAUUUCCUUCAGCACAUCCAGAGUAAAUUGUUGAUAUCUACUCUCGGCUUCAAGUUGUUGCUGUAGAAUUCUUUUAAAUAAGUCCUCCUCCCUUUUGCGACUGUCUUCCAAAAACUCCCGCAAAAUGGCGAUCAUGCUAAGAUCUUCCUGACGGCUCUGAGCUGUUUUAAGCGGCCUGGGAUUCUUCCUCGGUUUUUUCCGGGGAAGGGGUUCGGCGAUGGUAGGUCUCUUCAAGCCCCGAACAGUCAUUUCUUCCGAGUAGCUCUCGUCCUCUGAUGAUUCAUCUUCGCUCGCUAAGCCCUUCGGUGCAUGCACAGGUUCCACGCUGACUGCUGUCGCUGGAGUAGGCUGAGAAGGAACUGUCGGGUACACUUGUAUGGGGAUGGAGUGUUUCCCUGCUUGGCUAGCCGCGAUCGGAGCAUUUAAGGGCGUGGGCGGUGGGGCUGGCUUGAUAGGGCGCAAAUGUCUACCUGUAAACGUGUCCGAAGGAAUAGCACUGGGAAUGGUCAUUGUGGAAGAAGCAGUAACGACGGUUUGAGACGCAACGAUGCCAUUAGCAACUGUAUGUUCAGCUGGUAUGUUGAUGCGCACCACCUCUUCUUCGCGAUAGAGAUCACUUUUGUUGUUGAGAAUCUCUUUUAUUUGGUCGUGGUAGGGAAAUGAAUGAGGUAAUUGGUCCUUUGUUCGUUUGUAUUCCGCGAGCAGGUUCUUUAUCCGCACCUUGCACUGAUUCCCUGUUCUGGGCCCCAGCGAGCAAUGAGCUACGCGCCUGUUGAACUCCUUCGCAAUCAUGUUCCAUUCUUCGUAAUUUCGUUUCUUUCCUUUGAUGAUUCGAUAGUUUGCUCUCCAAAGGCUUAGUAGGGCCAUGGUUUCGGGAUCUGUCCAACGGGAAGAAUUAAUAGUUCCUAGGGCUUCUUCGCCAUUUCCCUCCUGGCUCUUUACCUGUUGACCGGGAAUAAUGAGUUCUAUUGUGGAAGUUUUUACCCCUUCCCCCACUGUCAUCGUGUUUGUGUUAGAAACUGGAGCCAUGGAAACCGCUGUAGGCUGCUGUGACAUCGCCGACACGUGUGGUAUCUGCUAGGAGUUAAAAGGGGGGUUAGUUUUCGCGCAAUUUUUUUUUAAAAGCUUUAUAUACUCAGGCGCUCAGAAAGUGCCUGAGUGUGAAGUUCGGGUUUAGUCCUGUUUCAAAUCUCCUUAUGAGUUCUGAAGUGCAUGCGUGAGUCCAAGGCUUCAACAACUGGUCAAAAAGAACGAAUAAUAAUAAUAAUAACAAUAAUAGUAGUAGUAAUAGUAAUAAUAAUAACUAGUAAUAAUAAUUAAAGCGUGUCUGGACUCAAACAUUACUAGUGCAUGAGUUUACGCACAUUUACGUUGUAAGCCAGAGAGCACAACACAAGCUGGGGAUAAUAACAUUAACAAUAAUGAUAAUAGGAAUAAUAAUAAUUAUAAUAAUAAUAAUAGUAAUGAUUAUAAUAAUAAUAGUAAUGAUUAUAAUAAUAGUAGUAAUAAUAAUAAUUAUAAUGAUAAUAAUGAUAAUUAAUGACAUGUAUUGUGCAAAUGAACCUAUGAAUAUGAUCAAAUGGGCAUUACAUACUAAUCUAAUGGCCUAUAAACAAAAACAUGUCAAAAGUAAAAAAAAAACUAGUACCUCAUUAAACUUUCAAAAAUCUUUGUAUGGAUGUAAAAAAAAAAACUAAUUUUGAAAUGCGUUUCAAACUGAAUUUGAAUAUGUCAAAAAAUAUAAUACUAGUUAAACAAAAAGAAAAGUAAAAACAAAAAAUAUCCUGAUGAAAUUGUUGCUGACUGGUUUCUCCGCAGCGUCAGGUCUUUCAACCGUAAGGGGAACGGGAGGUAAUAUUACUUUCGAGAAUAUUCAAGUGCUAAUUAUAUCCAAUCUUACGUCUUGAAAUUGUAAAAUCUACUUAAGUCAUUUUACCAGAAAUUAUACCAGAAUAAGAAGAUUAUUUGGGUAAAUCUAUGGUAAGCGUAAAAGAUAUUCGCAGUACAUACGAAACAAAAGUUUCGAACCAAGCGACUCCUUUGAGAGAUACCGACAGCUUAAGUGUAUGUCUACAAAAGAACAACAAUGGAGAUUUUAGGCAACCGCCUCCUGUAGUAAUACAAGUACUAAUUCCUUGAAAUGAAAGCACAGAUUGAGAAACACACGAAUGUGCUCUAGGAUUGUGUUGGCGUUUGAAGGCUUGAAGAGAGCAUAUUGUGAUGCCGUAGGGAAUUGUAAUUUGAAACAACUUGAAUUUGAUCGAAGCAGCUUCGAAUAUUUACGUCUCCUAUAUUUGACUUGCACUGUUUCUCUGUAAUUUCACACGAUACACAUCCUUAACUGUCUGUUAAUUUUCGACUUUUAAAGUAGAAUCAAAGAUUUAUACACCUGAAAUGAAUUUCAACGUUAAAAUAGCGAGCAUAAUAUAUAGACGAUCAAUGACUGUACAACCCGCUCGAGCCAAGAUCGACGGGAUGCUAAUGAUGGAUUCGAACGUGUUUAGAAUACUAAAUCGUUUUCCACAAGUCCUUCUUAAAUCGCUAGUGAAAUAAAGAGUACUUACAAAUUGCUAUACGAACUAUUUUGAAUACUUUGUGUGCUUCUAAUGCCAGUAUGAGUGUCCUGCCCGUGCUCGUUUGAGAUCAAUUCUUGAGAUGCUCAAAUCGAAACUCGAAUCGAAACUCGCUAGUCUUAGAGCGCUUGAUCAAGCAAUCUUACCAAUUUGGCUUUCCCACCACACUGAAUCUUCUUUUAGAAAAAAAUCUAAAUUUUUCCUUCGAUUUCUCGUAGUACUUUAAGCUCUCAAUGUAAAAAGGUAUGUCACUUGCUUGUUAGUCGUGUCUUUUCCCCUUUCUACCUCCUCCAGCAGAGAAAUGGUUGAAGCUCUUCGGCUGGACUCGAUUUAAUUCAAGCCACCCCGAUGUCAGAUGUGUAAACAAUGAUCUUUUGUUCGAAAUGUGACGUAAGCGAGAUCCGAGAUGUGAUUCGAUUGUUCGCUUGAUUAAUCAAUCUUGCAAUGCAUCUCAUACAUUUUCUCUUUACAAGGAAUUUAAGACAGCUUUUUAUUAUUUCAGAAAAGGGUUUAUGAUGGGAUUUCAGAUUUAUAUCGCGGUUUAUUUUACGCUGUUUGGCGCCUGAUGUUUUUAUGAUAUUUCGAAAUUUGAAAAAUGGGGAAAAUCAGAGAGAAAGAAAAGUUUGAAAUGUGUUUGUUGUUCAGGUUUUUUUCUAAAUUUUAUUUUGAAGGCAUAUACGUUUUACAACCCCUGUUACAGCAUAUUCGUAAAAUGUUUUAAUGGAGGAUAUCCAAGAGCGCUUUGUGUAUAUCUUUCUUUUUGUUGGGAGUAUUUCCACAUGUAAAUCGCGCGCUUUCAGGAAAAAUUCGCUAACUUUCAGUGGAUAAUUAUUAUAAAUCUCUUACAGUCUUCAUUUUAUCGUCUCAUAUUAAGGAUUUGUGGAGUUCUGAAAGAAUAAUUUGCGCGAUUUAUUGGUGUUGCAAUUGUUGACUUUCAAAACGAAUUUUCUGCGUUUGUUUUUGAGAAGGUUCACCUUACAUUUUAUUCCUUUUCUCCCACAGGUAGCUGUAACAGCGCACUAAUUUCGGAGGCUCAUCAUUUCCGGGUGCUCGAGCCUGAUCAGGUUAGUAGGUCCAUUAAAUCUGGAGCUGGGUUCUCCGUAUUUUAUCGUGUAAGACAUUCCAAUACACUGGUAUCAAAAUGUUAACCCAGUAACUCUUUAAAAUUGUUGAAGACCGUGCGCCUUUUCGAAGCUGUAAUUCUGUCGCCUGUGUAACUGCAGUUUUAUGAGCGCUUUACUGAUUUUUUAGCGCCAAGUGAUGAGCGGCAAAGGCGCAAGCAUCUCGCGGCAGCCAGCUACGAAGGCUACAGUUUUGCUAUUCUGGAAGUGUGAAGUUGAGAGUGUAUGUGAUACACAACGUAUAAUGUAGAAUGCAUGAAUUUGUUUGUAGUACGACCGCUAUCAGAGGUUUGGAACCGAGGAGUAUGUAUUGAAAGAGGGUGGUGUGCUAUGUCCAGGGCGUGGCUGCGGAAUGGGCCUUUUGCCAGCACCAGGCAUGCGCUGUAUCAGGUGUGAUUAUUGCCAGGUAACUAAAUAUGCACAUGUGAAAAUAACUCCACGAGUUGUAAGGCAAGGAUCGAUGCUCAGACGAAAUUUCACCCGGUACAAACUCUUAGGGCGAAAACAACAUGUAUAAUUACUUAGAUGGUUACGCUGUCUUCACUGAUGAAAAGCUGUUCUCUCACCACGAUUUCUACAGGAGGGAUAAAAUAACUCCCUUCCCCAUCUUUCUUAUCCUCUGCGGGAGGAAUGUCAGUUUCCUAUCUGACAAGCAAGAGCCCCACGGGGGCGUGGGGUGGAAAGAAGCGAAACCAAUUACGUCUGAUGGAAGGGGUUUUUUUUUACCUUGUUAGUAAUCGUAUCGUACUGGGCGGACCUGUCUUUCGCAGGCAUGCCAUACAGUUUCCUUUUGCUCUUUAUUUCUAGUUUGAGUUCUGUAAAGAGUGCAAGGAGCCCUUUCAGCGAGGUCACUCGUGCAAUCAGACGCAGUCAAAUCCAACAACAAAUGCCAGAACUAGUGUAAGUAUAUAUCGAAUCCAAAACUUGUAACAGUCCACACCUCUUUUGGUAGGAACCAACGAUUGUAUAACCGUCUAACGCUUGCUGCAUACUCCAUGUAUGUGCAAUGAAAGUUUUUCACAUAGAAAGGGACUGGAAAACAGUCGAGAACUAUGAAGGGAGAGAGGAGAACUACUUACGAGAUCUUGAGAGUUUCUGAAGGGUCAAUAGGAAUGAAAACACCUGAGCGCGCGGUUGUCUUGGACAGCAGUUUUGUCUGUUUUGCGCUUCCUCUUUGCCUCUCUGCUUUAUUAUGAUGGAUACUCUGAAGGAUUGUGAUUUAGUGUUUCACGAGUUAACCUUGAAAAUUGUGUUGUGUGGUUUUGUUUAUGUUCUUUAAGGCUUGUUAACUUUGAUUAUCAACGCUCAAAUUUAACUUGGUCUCUUAAAAAAAGGUGUAUAGAAUCAUAUCGAUCUCCUCCUUUUCAGAAUUACCGAGUCAAUUUAGAAAACGCGAGACGAGCGCGCUGGGAGGCUGAGGCGAGACAAGUGAUUGAGCAGAUCAGCAAGAAGUGCCCCGGAUGUCAGACAAAUAUUGAGAAAAAUGGUGAGUAAAGGGGAACUCUAAUUGAUGUGACUCUUCCCAACAGUUUAAACCUCAAAAAUAACAUUUUUGGAGGCUUGCCUCACUGGAAGACCGAGCUGAAAAACGUGUUAACGUGUCACCAACUUUUGCGUGCUCACGUACGAAAGCUUAAGCAACACUGUUGACUGCAGCAAAAGGGCAGAAUUUUGUAAAAACUGAACAACGGCGAGGUUUUUUUCCCUUGAUGUGAAGUUAAAAAGACUUUCGCUCCAGACGGUCCAGCAGCAGAGUAUAUGGCACAUUCUGAGCGCCACUCUUUAAUUCUAGAGUUCUAGUUGAAACUUUCCGCUGAAAAUUAGUUCAGUUGCUAAAAUUCAGGAAAAUACCUCGGUGUAUUCAUAGUAUGUACAAUCAAUUCUGUGACCAAGGCAGACCAGAAGGUUUUUUUUUUGUUACCUCUUUUUUUGGAUCUGGUCUUUCUCUCAACUGUUCGGGGAGGGGAGUGGACUCAUUUCUCAAAAAGCGGCUGAUAAUUCGAACAAAAAGUGGUAAUCGAUUUGUAUUUUUGUCUCAUUUAAGGUGGAUGUAAUCAUAUGACGUGUUCUCGCUGCCACUUUGAAUGGUGCUGGGUUUGUUUAAUUCGUUGGAAUCCCGAUUGUCAGGGCACUCACUGGUUUAGGGUGUGACCGCCAUGUCACCCAAUCUCGUUAGGAUGAGAUGCUUGCAUUACAAAGAAUUUGCUGGUCUAGGAAAAUCUUUGGAGAUCUAGAGUAGAAGGAGAAAUGAAAAUUAGGUGUAUUUUUUGUCAGUUAUUUAACAGGUUAGAAAAUCAAUUGAAAAGUAGCAGUAGAAUAAGUGGGUAAGUUUUUUAGAAACUACUGCAGAAACGGAAAGGGAAACGUGUGUCGUCUGUCAGUGAAACGAACUGUGUGAUAUUCGUUCACACCAGUUCAAAUCGCAUUAUAAUUAGUGCAGACUAAAGUUGAGGAAUGCAUUGGAAUAGAAAAAUUGUUUUAAGUAGUAAACUACAUGUAAGGUUUUAGAGUAACUGAAGAUUUAGUUAAGAUUCGCGAAGUGAUUUAUAAGAGACCGUAAUAUGUUCCAAGUAGACACAUUUGCGUGGCAACCGUAGUAGAAGAAAGUUCCUGUAUUCGAUGCUUCAGUUAACAAAAUUUGAUACCGUUAACUUGCUUCAUCUCAGCAGUGCUCAUUGCUUAAUUUUAAGAUAUUUUUAAUCUUCCAAAACUUUCUACUGUAACGUGGAUAGCUGUAAGCAUAUCAGGUAAAACUUGAUAUAUAAUAUCCUACUUCGUAACUGAUGAACUUGAAUUUAAUUUUUUUUUGUUUUCAAAUAAAUCAAUUAUUUUAACAAAGCGUUCGUUUAGGACCAAAAAAGUUUUUUAUCCCGCAUUAUGUAGCAGUUAAGCGUUACACUGCGUUGUGUGAUUUCCUACACUGUACCACACUUACUGUACUACUUUUGAAGUUCAAAGUUUCCAGUGCAUCAGUAGCAUCCACGUUGUUUAAAAAGAACUACUUUAAAAAGUCCAGGAAGAGGAUAAGACCUUACUUAAUUGUGCUCAGCAACUUUUGCCGGAGCAAUGUUUGGCGUUUGGAGCAGCCAUUUGUAGUUCUAGCAACGUCGAGCACAUAUCAAGCACCAAAAAUUAAACUAUUUCAUCCAUAACUUCAAUAACUUCGAAUUUAUUGAACGUUUAACAAUCUUUUGAACACAUGACUAGUCACUCGACGACGUUUCACAGACCUUUUGCUUUCCGUUAGACUUGGGAGUAACCUUUAACUCUCCUCAUAUUUGUGAGCAACUUUAGCGCUAGGUUUCCGAAACUUAGCUUUAAAGAGUUGCUCUUUAGUAGAGCUAUUUUUCUUGAUUCUCUACCCAGCCGUGAAACCUACGUCGAGAUCCGAGUGACAACAAAUCGUCCGCUUUGGUAUUUGUCUCUCCAUCCGACCGCAAUCACUUUUGUUUGCUUUCUGCAUUCGUAAAUUUGAAAUAUCCAUCAUUAUUAUUCACAUCUAUUGUCCAUAUCCACAGGAUUUUUAUCGGUGGAAAUGGAAGAGGUUAUCCUCGAGAGAAACAGCUUGCUUCUACGAAUAAGCUUCGCUCCUCUUAUACCUUUGUUGGGAAAGGGCUGUGAAUUCAGCCGAAAACUUCGAAAGCAUCAAUAUAACCUGGUUUUUCGGAUACCCUCGGAAAAAUAUACAACUGUUGACGAUUGUUACCAAUUUAUUCCCACGAUUAGUUAGGCGGACAACUCUUUUAGUCGCCGGCGUACUAGCCGGAAGUUACCGAAGAACUUCCGGCGCAUGUGUGCGAUGCGGUCAGCAGCGUGCCGGUGAACUAGGCAACGGAAUAACGAGGGAAAAUUAUUCCCGCUUGGAUGAAAUAGUAAACAUCGAAUUGUUUAACCAAAUGUGAUAGCGUCUACCACGAUUCUGCAACCCGAUCCUUUCAAGAAUGCACGAGAAAACGGAUAUGUUUUGCCCUUUGUGCUACAGUAAUUACGGGACUGGAUUUCCUCAGAGAAUUCCGAGAGAGCUCGAUUGUAGACAUACAUUUUGUACAGGUGAAUAUUAAAUGUUGUAUGAAUUGUGACUUGUCUUGGGUGAAUAUGGAAUUCAGAUUAGGCUUUCGCUCACAAAAUUCAAUUGAAUGAUCCUCCUUGUUCUAAAAUCAUCGUCUUUGCAGUGGAGUAGAUAUGGCCGUUUUGGAUGAAAAUCAGUUCGUUUCAUUCGCAGUGUAGCAUAGUUAUAAUUGUUGUUGACGAGACUACUCCAGUAAACAAAUUAAACAGAAUAACGUUUUAAAGGGAUUCGAUUUUUGUACCCAAAUAAAAAGUAAAGACCUCCAUAUGGUUGAUCUUGCUCCGGUUUGGGCAAAGGGAAGUAAGAGAAGAAAAUUAGCCUAAGUUUUGUGGUGUAGACUUGUAGUGUUUUUCCAAUUUUCCAUGGAUACAUGGGCACUUCAAAUAUUAACACACAGAAGUUGCUUGCGUUAAUAAUUUAACAUUUCCUUAGCUAUUUUGUGGUUUUGUAACUUUGUAGUUUUUUAGUUGAAUUGUGAAAAUUCAUCCUGGAUGCCAAGGAAAUCUUUUCGUGCUCUCUCUUAAAAACACACAUUUUCUCGUGACUUUAACGCUUAUGAUAUGCAAAUGGUGUGUUCGGCUUUUGUCUCGAAAACCUACUCCAGCGUGCAGUGAUUGUCAAUGGUUUGAUUAGUUAAGAUCUGCAUUGUUGAAAUAAACCUAUACUCCCUAAACCUAUACAAUUGGUGAAACUUAUCAGAUUGCGCAUUGUGAUUUAGAUUAAAGUUGUUUGACAAAUCAGACAUCAUGCUGAUCCAAGAAAUUACCACUAUACAUCUUUCACUCAAAUUUCUUUGCUUCUCUUCAGUUUUGUUCAAUAAUUAAUUGUUCCAUAACACGGUCCAAUAUCAAUAUACUAUCACAUUUCCUCAAAUCACCAACCUAAAGAGUUUUAAUUUAUGGAUUGGAAAUUAUUUGUGUUUGGCAACAACAGUACAGUACUUUGUGCUGUAUACUGAACAAAAAUCUGUUCUCUUAAUGGCUGACUCAAGUCUAUCAUUGAUGUCUCAAUGUAAAGCCAGAUUUUUACAGGUUUAUGUACCAAUCAAUUUGAACUCCUCCUCCCCCUCAGGUAACCCACAGGCAUUUGACUGUUGUCCAUGCCCAGGGAGUUGGGUAUUUGACACAAAAAGCCUUCUCAGGGUGGAGAAUUUGAACCCUGUCAAGGUGGGGUGGGAAAUCUGAGCCCAAAGAGUUUAAAAUUUAUGGAAGAGGUGAUAUUUCCUUUUUUUUUAAUUUUGGACAGAGUGCCUUCUCAAGCUACAAGAACUUCAGGGCUCAGUCAUAGAAUGUUCUUCUUGUAAACUGCGCACCCUCUUACCUGCCAAUGGUGUAGAUGGACUUGGUAAAAACAUGGAUCUCUUAAGAGCAGUAUUACAAUCUGAGGAGGAGGAACAGAAAUUGUGCAACUUUUGCAUUCAGAAAGUUUACCCUCCAAAACCAGCGACAUUUUAUUGCUCAGAUUGUGAAGUAUCCAUGUGUGGUAGUUGUUCAGACAACAUCCACUCACAGUUGGAGUUCCGUUGCCAUGACAUUAAUAGGGCAACUGCUGUUAAAGAUGGUGUGGGGGAUGAUACAAGCACUUCUCGACCUUCAUCAAGUCUUUCAACUUUAAGUCAACGCUCGUUAGGACUCAGACCAGGAUUAAAUAACAGACCAUCAAGCUCGUUACUGAAUUAUUCAGCAAUACCUGGUAACAUAUUUAGAAAUUUGACAGUCAAAUUUUAUUACACCCAGAAUGAUAUGUUAUUUUGAGAAGUGAAAUAGUUUGUUUAUAAUACAGCAGAUUUUAAUGAAAUCUAUUUACUUUCACUAAUCAGUAAAAGCCAGGCAGAGCUCCAGAGGAUCACCUCCCAAUGGCAACUUGAAAGCAUAGUUGUUUGAAUUAUCUGAAAAUUGCAGUUGUUUGAGAGGUCUGAAAAAUGGUUGACAGCACUGCAUAGGGAAUUUGAAUGAUGUUUCUUGGCGUCCUCAAAUUUGGCAAUUGUUGAAAAACCGAGUUCCCAGCUCCCUCUUCUGUGGCUUAGGAUUGAUUUGUUUCCUGGUGCCAAGGGAUUUCUUCAGGUUUUCCUCCCAUCCUCCCACACAGACAAACUCCAAAUUACAUGGGGAUCUGGAAUCAGUGGGGGAUGAUCAACCUCAUGGUUGUGCUGCUACAAAUAUCCAAUUAAUUUUGAUUUAUAUUUUGGAUACUUUAGAAUGCCCCACUCACAAAGAGAAGACCAAGUACUACUGUCGAAAUUGCAGAUGUCUGUGCUGCGCAUCCUGCCACAGAUACGGCAGCCAUAAAAACCACAGUUGUUUCCAGGUCCAUGAGGCUGAAGAAAAGGAGAGAAAAGCACUUGUGAAAUUACAAACACAAGUUGAACAGCGUGGUGCAAAAAUUAUAAAGGCUAGAGGAGAGGUACAACAAACUAUUGAAGGAGUGAAGAAGAAUACAAUUGAAGUAAAGGACAUAGCACGGAGAUACUACAGAGAGCUACGUGCAGCCAUUGAUCAAGCAGAGACAAUUUUGAUGGAGGAUAUCAACAAGAGAAGUGAUGUGAAGCUGAAAGCUUUAAAUGAACAGCUCAGGUAAAAUGUUGUAACAGUUUAAAGAAGUGUGCACCACUUAAAAAUAUGAUUAUCGCAGAGUUUUUGUUGUAGGGCACUGGUUGUAAAGCAGUUGGUUUUUUGGGGAAUGGAGAGUGAGAUGGAUUUUAAUUUCACUCCUGUCCCCCUUCUCUUUCUACUUCCUGUUCUGUUAGAAGCAUAGUUUUUCAUUAAGUUUUCUUCUUAGGAUCUCAUUUAAUGUGUCACCAAAGAUGUAAAACGAAGAACAUUUACACCAUCAUACACUAAAAAUGUCUGAAAUUAAUUAUAUAUGUUAUCCUAUGUAGCUGCUUAUUGGCUCCAGUUGCUGUGCUAACAACAGUUGUCACUAAGUCCACAUGCCAAAAUUCAACCACUUCUGAACACUUUCAAAAAUGGCCGAAAAAUCAAGGGGUCGUUCUUGCUCUGAGCCUUUCAAUUACUAGUCUGGUAUCCCUUUUGAUAAACAUAUGAAACUUUGUUAUUGUUGUUUUUUUUUAGUUUUUUUAGUUUUUGAUUUUAUUCUUCUGGCACCCUAAGAUUUCUUGCGGGAGGUUUGGGUGCCAUACAAGAAAAACUGAAAUGUUAAGAAGUUUCUUUGGUCUUGCUUUUUACCACGCUUUUUGUUUUGUUCAGAAACUUGUGCCAGUUUCUCAACCAAUCAAAUGCACAACCUUGACCAGUUGCAAGUACUACAUGUUUUAAGCUCUUUGAAGAUAUUCAUUAAUGAGUUCCUCUUUGGUUAAAUGCUUUCAGUCUUUUAAAGUAAUCAUUAUGAUUAGUUUGUUGUCGUACCAAUUGAAUGGCACAGUAUACUGAGGGUUAGGUCAAAACUGUGAGCUCUAUCUUUUUGUAGUCAAAUGAUUGAGAUCUCAAGCCUGACGACCACUGCAUGUAGAAACUGUGACAAUGCACUGAGUCUGGACUACUACGAAAUGCUGAUGCUAAAGAAAGACGUGGAAACAGAAAUAAUGAGUGUACUAGAAAUGUUAUGUGAGAUAGAGCCUGUGGCUGAAGCUGAUCUGGGCUGUCAGUUUCCUAAUCACGAAAAACUUUUGAGUAACAUUCGAAGCUGUGCGAAGCUUGUUUUACGUAAGUAUCUGGAUUUUUAGUCCUUUUUCUUUAAAUUAAGUUACUUUACUCGUAGAGCAAUUAUGCAUGAAUGUCGAAAAUAAUUCGAGAUUGCGUCUGUUUUGCCUGAGAGCAAUUUUCAGUUGAGGGUAAAAAGUAAUGCAGGAAUGAUUUGGUUUUACUUUACUUCGCUCUGCAUUUGGUCUACUGGCGCCACUUUCUCAACCAAUCAGAUUCAAAACUAAAACCAAUCGCGUUGAAAGCGCGACUUGGUCACUCGCGUUUUCCCGCGCUUCGGGCAGUUUGGUUAUUUUAACUUUGGAUUCUAAUUGGCUCCUUAAAUAUUUUUUGUUCUGAUUGGCUGUUGUGGCUACUUUGGUUUCUUUUUCGACACUCAAUCGAAAUACACACUGUUUUUGCAACACUUAUCGACUGGUUUAGAAAACUCGUGCCACCCUAUCACCACCCUCUGUUAACUGAGCUCAUUAUGGUUGGUUUCCGAAGUGAUCUGAUGUUAGCGAAUCUAAGGAAAAAAUUGAAGCCACCUAAACUAUUAGAUUAAAAGAUAUCUUCUCGCGUUUGUCAGCCAUCUAAAGUUCCACUAGUUCAUAACUUGCCGUGCUCGGCACUGGAAGUUUUCAGUGUUAACGCUCUUUGGUCGACCGGGUGGAAUCAGGGUCCUUCCAAAUCCUAGACGUCUCUCUGAUCAUAAAAAAAAAGAUGAAAGACGAAAAUGAAUAAUUGUAGAUGGAAAGAAAAUUGAAAGCAACUGGUGCGCAAAGGAGGAAGGGAAUGUGACAACUUUACUUCUUUCUUGUCCCCAUCGCCUAUCGCUUUUUGCGUCACCAGUCGCUCAACGGUACGUUUACCAAAAGUCUCAAGGGACACCGGGUUGAAUUACAAGUGCUUGGCGUAUCCCCGAACACGUACGAUGGAUUGAGUUAUAUCUAUUUCUUUACCGGUCGUCGUGAGCGGUUCAUUCUUACAAAGUUUACAAAGAAAAAACCUUUUGGUCCUAUCAUUUGUGAACCAACCAUUUCAUUUUACAUUUCAUUUCCCAUUACGCAGCUCCGGGGCCUCCAGAGAAGCUGACGUGUAAAAUAACAGACAAUUACAACGUGCAUGUGAAAUGGGAUCCGCCAGAAGAUAACUUGUUCCUGUAUCCAGUACUUUGUUAUAUUCUGCAAAGCAGCUCAGGUAAGACUGAAGGAGGAAAGAUUUGUAAUUUGUCAUCACUGUUAGAGUGGAUUUUGGUUGAGAAAGAAACGUUUCGAGCGUUAGUCCUUUGUAAGAGCGAAUGACGAAGGCUAACGCUUGAGGCAUCAGCUUUAGAAACUCUUUACGGUGGCCAAUUUGCAUCAUCAAUUCAGUGAUCAAAACCAAAUUAUUGUGCAGUAGAGUUAUUAUUUGAAAGUGUUUGCUAAAUCGUGUUGUCUUUUCUUUUAGGUCCUGAUAAUAGUUUUGUAACUAUCUACAAAGGGAAGGAGUCCUCCCUCACAAUAGACAAGAUUGCAGCUAAUUUAGCCGUCGGUAAACAAGUGCAGUUUCGCGCAUGUGCUCUAAACCUGAUUGGGCAGGGGCCUUGGGGGUUCCCUUACGGGAUCAAAAUACCCGAGUGAAUGAUGACGUCACUCCUCAGUAACUGCCUUUUACUUAAGUCGCCGACACGAUGAAGGAGUUCUAGGAGAUUUCUUCGACCAUUCCUGUGCGUAAAUAAGAAAUUUUAUGGUUUGGAUAAAAUAAUAUUCAUCAUCACUUUCAGAAAGUCUAAACACUCAAACUCCACGUCCUUUGCACUAAUGGCGUGCUUCUUCGCUCGUCCUCAUCUCUCUUCCAGCAAAGACCAAUGAGAGAAUACUGGGGACCGCCAGUAAGGUCUUCCUUUACCGUGUGCUGUGCACCUCGGAAUUUUGCUCCGACAAAAUCAAGGAACACUUGAUCAUGGGUUGUGAGAUUUAUUAUUAGUGUACCUAAAAUGAUUUAGAUCAGCACAAAUUUGCUGUCACAUGAAUCAGUAUGGAGAAGAUAUGAGGAAUCAGUGUUCAUACAUAGCCAACGACAGUUUAAAGAUUAAAAUCAGAAGUCUAUCAUAUUUUGUUUCCCUGAUUUUGAACUUCAUCUUCCAUUUUAUGAAAAUGAAACGAAGUAAGAAAGAGUCUUAGAUUGCAAAUAUUGAAAUAUUUAUUUUUAACUUGGUUAGGCAUGAUAUGAAGGUCACGGAAAUUAAC